AUGACCGCACGGGGCGUUACCUCAUCUCAACAACAAAACAACUUCCGGCUGUUCCUCACGGACAAGAAACAGAUAGCGUCCACUUUUCAGAGAUUAUUGUAUGUUUAGUUAUUAACAGGGUGGGUGUAAUGGAACAGUAAAGAUUAGUUUCACGGUACGUCUCGUUAGCAGUAGUUUUACUGUGGAUAAAUCAUUGCACUAAGGAUCUGUCUUCCAGAAGGGUGAGCAUGAGCGAGGGCGAGGUGUUUCAUGAGAAACAGAGAUUGGAGCUGUGCGCCAUCCAUGCCUUGAACAACGUGCUCCAGGAGAGAGUUUUCACCAAGGAGACAGCAGAUGACAUCUGCAAACGACUUGCCCCACAAUGUGUGAUGAACCCACACCGCUCAGUGUUGGGCACAGGAAACUAUGAUGUCAAUGUCAUCAUGGCAGCUUUGCAGAGUCGAGGGCUCGCUGCAGUUUGGUGGGACAAACGCAAGUCAGUACAGAAUUUGUGCCUGGACAAAAUUCAAGGCUUCAUUUUGAAUGUCCCAUCAAGGGUGUCAUUGGGAUUCGUGUCUCUCCCACUGAGACGCAGACACUGGCUGGCAGUACGGGAGGUCAACGGACAGUUCUAUAACCUAGACUCUAAAUUAAAGGGGCCUAGCUGUAUAGGCGGAGAAACAGAACUCAGGUCAUUUCUCAUUGAACAGCUUUCUCAGGAUGUUGCAGAGAUGCUGCUUGUUGUUCAAAAGGAAGUAGAUGACGAUGGGACGUGGCUGAAACCAGAUGACACCAAGAAGUGAUUUAACCGAACAUUCGCGCUCUCUCUUUCUCUCUUUCAAUGUGGAGUCAUCGUGAAAAAGAAACACUGGAGUGAUGAACAGCUUUAUGGAGAGCAGCACUACAGGAAGAUGGCAGAUUCACUCACAGACACUCACACACAAAGGGAAGUCCGAGAGAAUGAUCUAGUGUUUAAAGCGACGUGUUUUCUCAUAUGAAGGAGCCGUUUAUCUGAAGUCACACUGACUGUGUGCUUGUGGGAAGACACUACUAUAGCUGUGCAGCCACGUCACUAUUCUCUUUCUCUCUCUCUUUCUUUCUUUCUCUCUCCUCUCAGGAACUACCAUCUCUCACUUUAUCUUUAUCUAUGCACUCCACUGCUGAAGUAGAUCAAAGAUUUGUGUGUCUUUGUUACAACUAUGCACAGAAAUGGUACUCUAGAGUUCAAAUAUGUAUCAUUCAUUGCCUUUUAGACAUUAGUGUACAUCUUACUAUGCAUAAACAAAAGAGAUAAGAGAUUGUAGCUCUAUCUCAAGUUCACGUCUUUACUCUUUCAAGCUCUAUUGCAAACUGCCUCAUUUACAUCGACUCAGUGAACCAACAAAUGGAGGGAAACUGAAUACCUUUGAUUUGUGUUAUUUAUUUGAAUUUUAUUGAAUUUAUACCUUGACUGUUUUGCUCAUGUAGUGCUUGUGGUAGUGUAGGAAAUUGAAAGAGCUGUUUGAAAUUAUCAUUACGGCUACAAACACUUUUGUUUUGUCUGAGCUGAUGCUUUUGUCUGAUUACUAAUGUUUGUUGAUUAAUGUCUGUUCUGUUGUCCGAGCUGGAUUUUACUGUCAUAAAUAAUAUUUAAUCAA